GCCGAAUUGAUCCUCUAGUUAGUUUGGUCAACACCUGAACGACGUCGUUGCUCCAUCCUUUAUAUCCCUCUUCCUCCUUAAUAAUCUGACUCUAUCGACGGUGUCUCCUUGAUUUCUUAAAAAUUGCCUGAAAUCUCAGUUUCUUAAAAAAAAUGGAGGAAAUAUUAGCUUUGUUUCUUUCAAUGUUUCUCGUUCUAGCGUUGGUUCCGUUAUAUAUAUGGAAACGCCGUCAGGAUACUCGACCAACCGUUGAACAUGUUGAAGAACGGCAGGCUCCAAGAAGGGAAAAUGUAGUACGUGGUGGGGCCGGUGCUCGUAGUAGGAUGCGGAGGAGACCAACUGCAGGAGGAGCUAGCUCGUCGUCAGCUGCAACUGCUGAAGAAACUGCUGAUGGAAGUGAGGAAGAAGAGGAAGGAGAUGGAUAUUAUGAGGCUAAAGCAUCAAAGAAGAAGGAAAAGAAACGGCAAGAAAGGGAUGCACAACGAAGGGCUGAAGAGGCUGCUCGUGAGUCAAGGCUGACUAAACAGGAUCGAUAUGCUGAAAUGCGGAGGAAAAAGGAUGAGGAGCGUGAGGCAGAGGAACGUAGGCUGGAAGAAGAAGCUCAAGCUCGAAAGGCCAAGGAGGAAGAAGCUGCUGCCUUGGAGUUUGAAAAGUGGAAAGGAGCAUUUUCAGUUGAUGCUGAAGGAACAACAGAGAACGAAUUGCAAGAUGGAAGUCAGGAUUUGCUUUCUAAUUUUGUGGAAUACAUUAAGAAUCAUAAAUGUAUUCCUUUGGAAGAUCUUGCUGGAGAAUUCAAAUUGAGAACCCAGGAAUGUAUCAAUAGGAUCACCUCCCUUGAAAGUAUGGGGCGACUUUCAGGUGUCAUGGAUGAUAGAGGGAAGUAUAUAUACAUCUCAAUGGAGGAGAUGAAGGCUGUAGCUGACUAUAUCAAGCGUCAAGGAAGAGUAAGCAUUUCACAUUUAGCUAGCAAAUCUAAUCAGUUCAUCGAUCUAGAGCCGAAAGUUCAAUUUACAGAGGAGAUCAGCACAGCAGAGGAAAUCACUGUUGCUUGAUUCAAUUGUACACUCUUCCCUUCUCAAGAAUAUGUAGGACAAGUUACACUGAGGAAAAAAAUAUAGCAAUUGCAUCAUGAAAGAUGCCAGUUUGAAGGAUUUUGUUUAUACUUUUUUACAUGUUUGUGGCAUAAAGUCUAGUUGUGUUUCAGUUUAGAAAUCUAAUUUUCUUGGCCUGUAAGGAUGGAUGAGUUUUGUGGUGCUGUAAUACUACAAGUCAUGCAAACUAUCAUUAGUUGACUGUAAGAUAGGUAUUAGCAUAAACAUGAAAAUUUCAAUGAUUUUACUUUAAGAUAACUUGAACUGAAA